AUGUACAACACAGCAGUUCAUACAAGUACAGGAGUUUCGCCGUACGAACUAGUUUUCAAGGAGCACCCGCGAUCAAAAUUCGAACUUAUAACAGAGAAGAUAUCACCAGCAACGGUUAGAGAGAAAAUGGAACGACUGCGCGAGACUGUUAGUGAGGUAUUCCAAAAAGCACAAGAGUCCGAUGACAAGUUAGCGGAAAAACGCAGAGAACGGUACAACAGUAAAACUUCGUUUAAAUCGUUGGGGGUGGGUCAACAAGUUUGGAAAAGAAAUUUACAAAAUUGCAGAUCGGUGGACGGGACCCUAUGUCGUGGUAAAGCCCUCGUCGGUAACCAAAACAUCUUAUGUAGUGAGAAGGAAUAAUGGAACUAAAGAAGAAAUUGUCCAUUACAAUUACCUUAAACCUUAUCAGAUUCGACCUGUCAAGAAACCAAAGUCAAGGAAUCCACCAAAGAAGAAUGGGGUCGGACACCCAGCACUGGGUACCAGUGAGGACAGUGAAUCUGACAGCAGAGAAGAGGAAAUGCAACCAGAGAGAUCUCCAGAAAGAAUUCGAAUACCUCCUGAAAAAAUACACAUAAUACUUUUAAAGGGGGGAGUGGUGUGA